AUGUCUUUUUUAUACACUUUAUUUUUAUAUUUUUGUGUAAAAAAAAAUGAUUCAAAUUUGAUAAAAAAAAUAGAGAAAUUCAUAAUUUUUUGUCUAUAUAUUAAAUUUUCAAAACAUAAUUUGUCGAUAAGAAAAAAUAUGGAAAAUAUAUAUGAUAUAAAGAUAGAUAAAAAAAUCGAAAAGGAAAAAAAACAUAAUGAAUCAAAAAAUGCAUGCGACAAAAUAAUUAAAGUUGUAGAUAAAGAAAAUAAGAAUCCAAUAAAAUUCUUAAAAAAAAAAGAAAACGUAAAUGUAGACAUUUAUAAUAUGAAAGAAAAUAACAAGGAAAAAUAUGUAACUAUAUAUCCAAAUAAGGGUAAUGUAAUUAUAGAGGGUAAUAAAAAUGAAGAAAAUAAUUAUGAAAAAACACAAUAUAUAAAUAUAAAAUCAUUCAUGGAUGAAAAAUAUGAAAAUAUAAAACAAUGGGAAAUAGAUGAACAAAUAAGAAAAAGAGAAAGUACAGAUAAAUUUGAAGAUACUAUAAAUAGUAGUUCAUCUAAGACUGAGGGAAUUGAAGAUAAUGAUAAUAAUGAAAAUAAAUCAGAAAUAUUUAAUAAUUUAAAAGAAAAAGAAAAAAAAAUUUUAAAUAGUAGUAAACUUAGCAAACUAAAAGAUAUACUAUAUAAUCAACUAGUUAAAAAAAGAAAAUUGUUGGAUGAAAAACUAAGGGUAAAAAUAUACGAAAAAAAUAAGCUUGAAGAAAAUGUUAAUAAUUUAGGAUUGGAAUUAUUUCGAAUAAAUAAAGAAAAUGAUGAUUUAGAAAAAAGAGAAAAGGAAUUAAUAAAUUCUAUAAAAAAUAUAAAAUCAGACAAAACCAAAAAAAUAAAUGAAAACAAAAAAAUGAACAUGGAAUAUAACAAUGAAAUGAUGUCCUUAAAAAAAGAAAUAAACUAUUAUGCCGAAAUAUACAACAAAUUUAAUAAUAAUCUUUUGGAAUUGAAUAAUUUGAAGAAAUAUUAUGAAAAUAUCUAUGAUAAAACUAAAGUAAAUGAAAAUGUUAUUUUAUCUCAAGAAGGCCGAGAUAAAAUAAAAGAAAUCAAAAUAAAUAAACGAGAAAAUAUAAUUAACAAAAUGAAUCAUGAAAUAAAUGAAAUACAAACAUAUAUUAAUAUUAAAAGGGAUCUUCAAAAAAAUAGCGAAACAGAAUUAAAAAAUUUACAAGUUUUAAUUAAUGAUGAAAAAAGAGAACGCGAAAUUAUACAAAAAAAUAAAAAUAAUAUUAUAAAAAUGCUGAAUGAUUCAAUUAAUAAUAUGAAGAAAAGAGAUGAAAUAAUUGAUGAAAUUCAUAAAAAGUUAAAUAUAUUAAAAAUAAAUGUGUUAGAACUAGAAAAAAGUAAUGAACAAGUGAAAAAGGAAAAUAAUGUAGAAAAAGAGAAAAGAGAAAAUUUGAUUAUCGAGUUAAAAAUAUUAAAAAAAAAAAUCCAUAAAAUUGAAAAAAAUAAAAAAGAAUUAAACAAAUGUGUAGAAAAUAUUUCCAAUUUUAAUGAUAAAAUAAAAAUUAAUAUACAAAAUGAACAAACAAAAUGUGAAAAUUUAAAUGAAAAAAUUAAAAAUAUAAAUAAAAAUAUCCAAAAUAACGAAAAUAAAAUAAAAGAAAUGAAAAAUAACAUUAAUAAAGAAGUAGAUAACAUCAUUUCUAUGUACACAGAAAAAAUAAAAACUAGCCAUUUUUGUUCUAAAACAAAACAUGAUAUAAAAAAUGUUAAGGAAGAUAUUAUUAAAAAAGAAAAUGAAAUUGCAAAUUAUAAAAAUUUGAUUAUUAGAAUAAAAAUACAACAAAUUUUGGAAAAUACAAAAAUUGAAAAUAUGCAAAACAAAAGAAAUAAACUGAAUAAAGAGUUUAAUGAAAAAAAUAAUUUACUAACACAAUAUGAGUAUGUUAUUAAAAAAAAUCAUUAUAUAAUUGAAAAUAAACAAACAGAAGUAGACAGAUUAAAUGAAGAAUUGGAUAAAAAAAUGAAUAAAAAAAAUUUAGACGGGAAUAAUAAUUUGGGAAGUGGGUUCACUAGCACAGUACCAAUAACUCUUGAAAUUAAAAUACAAAAAUUGAAUAAAGAAAUUAGUGAAAUAUUAAAAAAAAGUAGAAUAUUAGAAAAAGAUUGGUUUUUAAAACAAUCAGAAAUGAUAAAAAUACAAAAUGAAAAUAACCAAAUUAACGAAGAAAUUUUAAAAGGAAAUGAUUUAUACUUAAUUUUAGGACAAAAAAAAUGUGAACUUGAAGAAAAUUUUAACAACUUACAAAGUUCAGUUAAAAAAAUAAAUAAAAAUAUUUUACACAUUCGAUUACAACUAGAACGAUUUGAAUGUAAAAAUAAUGAUAUGCUCGAAAAAGUAAACAAAAUAAAUAAUGAUAUAUUAAAAUGGAAUGAGAAUGCAAAUAUAAAAAAAGAAAAAUAUAAAAAUAUUCAAAAUAAAUUAAAAAAUGAUAUAUUUAAAUUAAAAAAGGACAAAGACAAAUACCAACAAAAUUUAUUAGAUUAUGAAAACCAAAUUCUUAUUUUUGAAAAUAAAAUCCAUGAAAAAAAAAAACUCCAAGAGAUAAUAAAGCAAUAUGAAGAAAAUAAAGAUAUUAUAUAUUUGAAAAAACAAAUACAACACAAAAAUGAGUUUAUAGAAAAUAUUAAAAAAAAACAAAAUAGUAUUUUGGCAAAUAUAAAACUAGCAUUAAAUAAAAGAAAUGAUCUUGAUGAUAAAAAAGAACUUUUUCAAAAAAAUUUUGAAAAUGGUGUUAAUGUUUCUUUUAAAAUACAACAUGAAAUUUCAAUGAUAAAAAAAAAUAUUAAAACGAAGAAAAAAAAAAGACAAAAUUUAUAUACUCAUUUUGAGCAAAUUACACAAUCCUAUGAAAAUUUAAUCAACCAAAUACAGGAACAAGAAUCUUGUAUACAAAAUUUAAAUCAACAAUAUAAUAUAUUUCAUGUUGUAUUAAAGGUUUUAACUUUCGAAAAAAAACAUCGAUUUCAAGAAUUAUUAAAAUUUCAAAAUGCUGUUAAAAAUGCUCACACUUUACAAGAUACAAAAAACAAUUAUGAUAUUAUAAAGAAAAAUUGUUCUAUAUAUAAGAACAAAAUUAUAGCUAUUAAAAAUAACUUGAAAAUUUUCGGUGCGCAAAAUGAAAUAUAUGAGAAGAUACUUUUCGUGCUGUUUGAAUGGCUGGAAAAUUAG